CCCCGGCAGUGCGAGCGGGAAGUUCACGCGAUGGCUACUUUGAAAGCGUAAGCUGCACAUUUCUUAAAUAUUUCUGUGGAUUUUUAUCAUAAAAAUAGCUUAGAGGAGCUUAAACAGGACGGCAGCGAUGAGCACUGAGGAGAAGAGUGUCCAUGCAUCAUCCAGGAGCUUCGGACAAUGCACCUACACGGCGGAGGAGUACCGGGCCGUGCAGGACGCUCUGCAGCAGCGGCUGGGACCCGAGUUCAUCAGCACCAGAAUGGCUGGAGGAGGACAAAAGGUUUGUUACAUUGAAGGACAUCGCGUCAUCAGCCUGGCCAAUGAGAUGUUUGGAUACAAUGGAUGGUCUCACUCCAUUUCCCAGCAAAAUGUCGACUUUGUAGACCUCAUCAAUGGGAAGUUUUAUGUUGGAGUCAGUGCGUUUGUCAAAGUGCAGCUGAAGGACGGGUCGUUUCAUGAGGAUGUGGGGUACGGAGUCAGCGAGGGUCUGAGGUCUAAAGCUCUGUCUCUGGAAAAGGCGAGGAAGGAAGCUGUGACAGACGGCAUGAAGAGAGCUCUGAAAUGUUUUGGCAACGCUCUCGGAAACUGCAUCCUGGAUAAAGAAUACCUCCUUGCGAUUAACAAGAUUCCCAAACAGCCUCGUCCUGAUCUGGACCCGGCACGGACGAAGCGCUCCGAGGGCCAGCCGUCCAUAGAGAAGGCCCGCUUCUGCAGUCUGGUCAGCGGUCAAAACCCAGUGAGUGCAAUAGAACCUGCCAGGAUGCCACUGGAGCCCAGAGUCUUCAAUCAGAACCAAUCAGAGGACCACCGGUCCAGUUCAGCUGGCUCUGCAGCCGACAUAAAGACAGAAAACGUCCUCUCCAGGUCAGACGCAGACGCUGCCGACGUCGUCAUAUCCGCCCCAAACACGGACCCCAAACACCUGAGAAAGCUGCGGCAGCAGCAGCUGCAGCAGAAGUUCAGGAGGGAGAUGGAGGCCAAGAAGCUGCAGCAGAAACUGCAACAAGCAAAGACUGAGGAGGCGGAGGUCGCGAUGGGACGGAGAUCCACGGGAGGUAGAGUUCCAGCCAGAGAAAAUAUGAUUCACACAGUGAGAACGGUGCGUCUGCGUUUAGCGACAACACAACAUCCGAAAACCAGUCAGGCAGCAGGAACACAUGUGCAGUAUCUGCAGACGACCCAGAACUCUGGGAUUUCACUUUGGAUGGGAUCGAGGAGCUGGAUGUUCCCGCAGACGCAUCUUCUCCCAGAGGGAGCAGGCCCAGAACGCCCAGGAGUCACCAAAUGCAGACGCGAAGUAAAACCCCGCAGAGAGCGUCGACCAGAAGCCCGAACACUCACUCCAGACCGCCACACAACUAUCAGCACCAGGGGAGACCAGGUGAAGCCUUCAGUCCAUACAGACAAGGACAGCAGCUGAAGAAACGCCGGCUGGAUACAUGACACUUUACUCUGCGCUUCGAUUAAAAUCUGUUUUAUUUUUCAAUAUACUCGUGUUCCUCUUGCACAGCAUUACUGCUACGUUACAAUCUCUGCACCUCAUCGAUCAAAGAAAACCUCUUGUGCACCAUUACGGUCUUAAAAGUGUUUUAAAUAGAAAACUCGGAAUAAAAUGUUUAAAUCUUUUGAGGAAUGAGCAGACCCUGUAGACGGACAAAUGACAGACAUUGUUUGUAUUUGAUAUUUUUAUUUGUUUUUACAUUUUGUACAAUGUUUAAAAAUGUACACAAAACAGACACAGAAUCACAGGAAGUCAGGAGGGAUUGGAUGAGAGAGCCGUGCGCCGGGGCCUUUAACAGGAUGGAGGGGGUUCUGGGAAUUGUGUGAUCGCACACGGAUGUUAACCUUUGUAAGCUUGUGUUGUGCAGUGGUCAAGUUGUGAAAUGGUUGUUUGUUUAUAGGAAUGAACACCCAGUAAAGCUAGCAUGCUGAUAACCUGUUGCUGAGGUUGUGCCUGUGAUAUUGACGACUGUCAGGAAAGCAAACGAGUAAAAGAAAUACUUAUUCCGUUAUCAAAAACGUUGAAGUUAACACUUCAUCAGCAUGCAAAUGUUUCCAACACCCCUCGCUCCCUAUAAAACUUUAAACAUUGCAUAUUCUGCAUUGCAGGAAGUCAUUUUUUUCUCUAGAGAAGUUAAACAAUUCGAUCUACAAGCAGGCGAAAGAGUCACAACAACAGCAUGGCACUGCUGCGAGGUGGUGAGACAGCAGCUGAGUCAGCAGAAGGACUUUUGAACCUUUGUACAGCCCACUCCACUUAAAACACGUGCUUCUAUAAAGUUGUUUAGUAAUAAAUUCACAAAGAAAAUGUCAGCAAAACAAAGAAAUCCAUGUUCCCACGAGUCAAGUAGAAAUACACAGCUGAUUACACAACCAACACAAACGUAAAUGUAGAGAGAAAAGAAACGGCACAUUUUGACUCUGUGCUCUUGGUUCUGUGUUUGUUUCAGCGUUGCAUGCUCUGAACCGACCGUGUCGAGUGGCUUUUAACUUUUCAUACUGGUUUAAGCUGCAGGAGCUGGAUGAAUCUGGAACCGAUCAUUAGUGAGGAUGCAAGGCACUAAAGUGUUCCUCGUGUUUACGGCUUAGAGUGCAUGUGCAUUAAGAGUGGUGACGGAGUAUUAUGUGAAAGCCUCACUGGAGCAUAUUUACAAAAACGACAACAAAAAAUAGAAAAUGGGCGCAGGGCAGUCAUAGAAGAGCUUAAUAAAACAGCAGGUUCACUCCUGCACGGUGAGAACGAUAUUAACUGCAACCACCCUGCAAUUGCACUUUUUAAUAUUUCUUUACAUGUUGUUUAACAACCUUUUAAUAAUAAUUACAGUGAAACAACAUCAAAAUCUGAUGGCUGAAUACAGGUCCAUAAAGAACGUUUGUCUGUUGUAUUAAAUAUACACUUACAAAAACAGAUCACAGAAAACAAGCAAAAAGAAAAAAAAAAAAAAAA